GGUAGGGCCUGUACAGUAUCAACAAAAGAGAAGCAGGUAUAAUAUAUUUAUCGGCUUAAGUAGUAUGCAUCGCUCAACAGUUUUUAUUGUGCUGGUUGUUUUUGUUUUUAUGUAUAGAGGUGAGGUUACAGUCGAUAUAGAUAAGUCUGCUGUAUGUGAAGGUGCAUCAGUUACUUUAACAUGUACGGUUAAACUAUCAAAUGAUAAUCGACCAAAUUCUAUUAAAUGGAAACGAAAUAAUGAAUGGAUUUCAUCUGGUUAUAAUAUUACCGUUGAUUUUAAUGCUGGUAAAAGUUAUGUAUACAUCAACAGUGCAUCAACUCUAAGAGACGGGGGAAACUGGCAGUGUACAGGUGGAAGCUUUAGUGGCACGGGCAGUGCAAGUCAGAGCAUUGAGGAUACGGGCACUGCACAUCUUUUGAUUUCAGCUCGAGUAACAGCCACAAUCAAAGAUAAAGGUGGAUUAUUAUUUACUGAUGGUAUGGUAACAGAAGUCACGUGUUAUACCGGAACUAUAGAUUCAACAGUGUCAUUCACAUGGUAUAUAGAUUCAACAGAUAAUGUACUACCAGGACAGACUACUGGUGUUACAAAUGGUGCAACAGCUAGUAUCUUACAGUUAACUAGUACCAAACAACUAAAUAAUAAAAAACUCUACUGUUCAGCUACCAAUCAGUGUGGUACUGGUACAACAGAUUAUAUCACUCUUGAUAUACAAUAUCCACCAACAGUACAUGCAGAUCCAUCAACCAGUCCGUAUAAAAUAAUAGAAGGUAAUCAACUGAUUUUAACCUGUACUGUUGAUGAUUCUAAUCCACAACCUACCAGUUUUACCUGGAGUAAAGAUGGUGGCAGUAUUACAGGUCAAAGGUCAUCUGUAUUCCGUCUGACGUCAGUACAGAGAUCACAAGCUGGACAGUAUACAUGUACUGCUAAUAAUGUAGUUGGAACAGGAACAUCUACAUCUGUACAAGUUGAUGUUUUAUAUCCACCUACUGUGUCCACACCAUCUAUAUAUAAAAUACUAGAAUCUAGUGAGUUAACUAUAACUUGUAGCAGUAUCCCUGGUAACCCUACUGCUAGUUAUAGAUGGACUGGACCUGGUGGAUAUAGUUCUACUGGUGCUACAUUACGUAUAACUGAUAUAAAGAGGAGUCAGACAGGUGUUUAUACGUGUACAGCUACUAAUACCAUGAUACCUACAUCUACUAAUAUACAACAAACAGGUACAGGUACAAGUCAAACAACAAUUGAUGUUUUAUAUGGACCAAUAGUAUCUGUAUUGAGUGAGACUGUUGUUGUAGAAGAACCAAAUCGUCUAACAUUGACUUGUACAGUUGAUUCUAAUCCUGUAUCAACUAUUACAUGGUAUGGUCCAGAUGGUCGUGAAGAUUUAGUUAUAAAUAAUAUCAACAGAAACCAGUCUGGUAUUUAUAACUGUACAGCUAUUACAGAUUUACAACCUACUAAUGGCAAUCAGCUGAUUAAAACAGACAGUAAAACUGUACUCGUUGAUGUACGAUAUCCACCUACAGUAUAUAUAGAACCAUCAACCAGUCCGUAUAAAAUAAUACAAGGUAAUCAACUAACUUUAACCUGUACUGUUGAUGAUUCUGAUCCACAACCUACCAGUUUUACCUGGAGUAAAGAUGGUGUCAGUAUUACAGGUCAAAGGUCAUCUGUAUUCCGUCUGACGUCAGUACAGAGAUCACAUGCUGGACAGUAUACAUGUACAGCUAAUAAUGGAGUUGGAACAGGAACAUCUACAUCUGUACAAGUUGAUGUUUUAUAUCCACCUACUGUGUCCACGCCAUCUAUAUAUAAAAUACUAGAAUCUACUGGAUUAACUAUAACUUGUUCAGGUAACCCUCUUGUUACUAGUUAUAGAUGGACUGGACCUGGUGGAUAUAGUUCUACUGGUUCUACAUUAACUAUACCUGAUAUAAAGAGGAAUCAGACAGGUGUUUAUAGAUGUACAGCUACUAAUAUCAUGAUACCUACAUCACCUGAUAUACAACAGACAGGUACAGGUACAAACCAAACAACAAUUUAUGUUUUAUAUGGACCAAUAGUAUAUUUAUCAAGUGAAUCUGUUGUUAUAGAAGAAUCAAAUAGUCUAACUGUAACCUGUACAGUUGAUUCUAAUCCUGUAUCAACUAUUAAAUGGUAUGGUCCAGAUGGACGUGUAGUAUCUAAUAAUAAAGAUUUAGUUAUAAAUAAUAUCAACAGAAAUCAAUCUGGUGUAUAUAACUGUACAGCUAUUACAGUAUUACAACCUACUAAUGGUAAUCAACUGAUUAAAACAGAUAGUAAAACUGUGCAGGUUGAUGUACGAUAUCUGGAUCCAGUCAUCAUUCAAUCUGAUAAAACUGACGUAGAUGAAGGUCAGUCGUUUAACUUGUCGUGUUCUACCAAUAGUAACCCUAUAGCCAACAUGACAUGGUCUACACCAGAUAGUAGCACUAAAGAACUAACCACCAAUUCUAUCAAUUAUUAUAAAGCUACAUCUGAUUGUCUAGAUACAGGAAUAUAUACAUGUACAGCUGUUAAUAGUCACAUACAGACAACUGUUACCAAUUUAUCACAGGAUGUAAAUAUAAGAUGUUCUCUUCGUCAAUACCCGUAUGUUAAACCCGUUAUGACAGUUGUUGGUAAUGUAUCUGAAACAGUUCAACUAUCUGUCAGUAUAUUGGCCUAUCCUCAACCAACAUUUACAUGGUAUAGACUGGACAAACCUAUUAAUAUAAACGAUGGACGAUAUCAACAAGAAGAUAUUAUUAAUUCUACUAAUAUAUUUAUGUCAACUUUAAAUGUUAAGAUCAAUUCAUCUGACUUUUAUGGAGAUUAUAAAGUCAACAUUUCCAAUGAUAUCGACCAUAUUAUAUUAACCAUAACACUCACUACACAGUCUGUACCAGAUGUACCCAGUGAAUUUAUAUUGGACAGUUUAUCCCACAGUUCGAUCUGUAUUAAGCUAAAACCAGGUUUUGAUGGUGGAGAUACCCAGAAGUUUAUUUUUGAACAUUCUGUAGACAACAAAACAUGGACUUCCACACCAACAGUAGAACUAACUGAAGAAGGCAGUGUUUUAAACGGAUGUAUAGAAAACCUCAACCCAGACACCGAGUACUUUGUGAGAGUAAUUGCUAGUAACAGGUAUGGUUCAUCAAAACCAGUCCACCUGGUGAUUCGUCAGCCACUACGGACUUCAGCUAAUCUACAUGCAUCUGUUGAAAAGGAAGUGGGCACCAUCACAGCAUUAAUCUUUGGUUUAUGUUUUGCUGUUGCAAUAAUUAUUGGUCUUAUCAUUCUGGUUAUUUAUCAAUGUAGAAAACUUGCAACAUCCGGAGGUAACGGUAAAACCAGAAGAGGGGCAAGUAGACACAAUACAAACAGAAACAACAAAAUCUUUGAAAGUACAUUAUGAGUUAUUAUAAUAUCUACAGUCUGAGUUUAAGAAGUCUAGAACUCAGACCUAACGGCUGAAACACUACAUGUUGUCUCGACCCCACCCUCUAAGCCGAGGAGCCUGUACUACGGCUAGGAACGCCGACUACUGUCUUCCCUAUGAACGCUGAAUUAGAACUUUUUGUCAUAUAUUUUAUGUGAUAAAUUAGAACUUUUUGUCAUAUUACUCAUUAUUUUUUAUAUAAUAAAUUGCUGUUUUGUGUCAUAUUUUUUAAUAUAAUAAAUUGCUACUUUUUGUCA